AUCGGCAGGCUAAAAAGAGACAGUCUUAUCAUUCGCUCAAGUGCAUUAACUCAUAAAUGUUUCUAAAAAAGUGCGGUCGCUUCGAGGGAUUCGCUGGUUUAUUUAAAAUUGCUGUAUAAAAGCUGUCGAUUCGAUACGCUGGCUGUGAGCUGUAUAGUUGAAGAAGACGAGGAAGAGAGCACGGCGCUCUUGGGAGUACGAGAAACGAGCAUGGAAGGCGGCGAAGCAGAUUAUCGUCAUGGCAAAGUACUUGACGAGGAUCAGUUGGCCGUGGACAUCCCAGAAACAGCUCAUCAGAUUAGCAAAGAUUCAUGGUUUCAAGUGGGGUUCGUCCUAACUACUGGUAUCAACAGUGCUUAUGUACUGGGAUAUUCUGGGACCAUCAUGGUCCCUCUGGGUUGGAUAUAUGGGGUAGUUGGUUUGAUAGCUGCCACCGCUAUAUCUUUGUAUGCAAAUGCUCUUAUUGCCAAGCUUCAUGAAUUUGGGGGGAAGAGGCAUAUCAGAUACAGAGAUCUUGCCGGAUUUAUAUAUGGCAGGAAAGCUUAUUCUCUUACAUGGGGAUUGCAAUAUGUCAAUCUUUUCAUGAUUAACACUGGGUAUAUCAUUUUGGCUGGUUCGGCCCUAAAGGCUGUAUAUGUUCUUUUCAGUGAUGACCAUGUCUUGAAGCUCCCCUACUGUAUUGUCAUAGCUGGGUUUGUAUGUGCGUUGUUUGCCAUAGGGAUACCCCAUUUGUCAGCACUAAGGAUUUGGCUGGGAUUUUCAACAUUCUUCAGCCUGGUUUAUAUCAUCAUAGCAUUUGUGCUGUCGCUUAAAGAUGGAAUUGAAGCACCAGCUAGGGAUUACAGCAUUCCAGGAACAACAACAACCAAAAUCUUCACAACAAUAGGGGCAACUGCUAAUCUUGUUUUCGCAUUCAAUACUGGAAUGCUUCCAGAGAUACAGGCAACGGUGAGGCAGCCUGUUGUUGACAACAUGUUAAAAGCUUUGUACUUCCAGUUCACAGCGGGGGUUUUACCAAUGUAUGCUGUUACUUUUGUUGGGUACUGGGCCUAUGGAUCUUCUACAUCGGCUUACUUGCUCAACAGUGUCACGGGUUCAGUUUGGGUUAAGGCAAUGGCCAAUAUAGCUGCCUUCCUACAAACAGUCAUCGCUUUGCAUAUAUUUGCAAGUCCAAUGUAUGAGUAUUUGGAUACCAGGUAUGGGAUUAAAGGAAGUUCACUGUCAAUUCGCAACUUGUCAUUCAGAAUUGCUGUAAGAGGUGGCUACCUUGCUAUUAACACGCUAGUUGCAGCUCUUCUGCCAUUCCUGGGAGAUUUCAUGAGCCUCACAGGGGCAAUCAGCACAUUUCCUUUGACGUUUAUCCUUGCAAACCACAUGUAUCUAGUGGCAAAGAAGAACAAACUCACUUCUUUACAGAAGCUUUGGCAUUGGCUCAAUGUUUGUUUCUUUGGCUGCAUGUCCGUUGCAGCAGCAAUUGCAGCCUUGAGGCUCAUUGCCGUGGAUUCCAAAACAUACCAUGUUUUUGCUGAUUUAUGAUUUACCAUUUUCUUCUUCCUCUCUUUUCCUUUUUUUGUUUUAAUUUUUCCCAUGAUUGUAACUUUCCCUAUAUAGAAUUAAUUGUAUGCCCCAUUUAUUUAAGUAAGAUUUUUGUUCAAUUUAUACUA